AUGUCUGCUCCACCAUCCGAAAUUGCGUAUGUCUACAGUGGUGAUAUUGUAUCAGACACUAGAUCCGAAAGAAAAAAAAAGCCAGUUAACACGGUCCUGGGAGAAUUGAAGACUGCAUUGGCAUCCUGCAGUUUCGAACAACGUCAAAGAUACAUUUGGCCUGCAGAAGAGUCUUCAGUAUCAUCUUCACAUUCAGUGUUUCUUUUUGAUGCCCCUGUUAUGCCGGUAUAUGAUGAUAUCCUGAAGGCAUGUUCACUCGAAGGUGACCCCUGUUUCAAAGAUGACGGUGCGUACACGUACUACAUCAAUGACAUAAAUCUAAACUGGAAGAUAUAUAGGUUCUCUCUCAUUGACAAUUGUGAUAAGCCAUGUAUUCUCUAUGUUUUUUUUUGUGCAGAGGUAACGGUUGUUGUCAGCUUUUUGAGUGCUGGGACGUUUAGUAAACUGGGUGAGUACAUGGGUUCAUCAGGUAGCAUUUCCUCUUUAUAUAGGUGGAUUAUCGAAAAAACAAAGGAGAAAUUACGCGGAUUGAAGGACUCACUUGAGAAAAAAUACGACGGCAUUCUUAAGGCAGCUCAACAAAGCCGCUGGAAUCCAAAAUAUUAUUAUAACAAACAUCAGAUCAAGAAAUUCCUGAGAAAGUUGGCCUUUUUACUCUAUUGUUCGGAACAAUGGUGUUGUAUUAUGAUGAAUCUAUCUAUUUUGUUUAGUGGUAAUGGUGUGGAGGAUUUUAUCGACUCAGAAGUAAUUUGGGCAGCCAGUUUUUAUAAUUUAAGCAAGAACAGAAUUAGGAAAAUACUCCAAGACCUGAAUGAUACAGAGCAACAGGUGGAGGACAUUGGUAACUAUUUAAGAAAUACCGGAAUCAUUACCGAUGUUUUGACCGCCACCGGUGCCGGAAUAAAUUUUGCAAACCCAACAGUUAGUCAUUGGUGGGUGGUUGGGACCGGUGUAGUGGGAAUUGGGGCGGCCAUCCUAAGCUGGGUGAUCCAUAAAGCUGUUUUGCACGCCCACCUGAAUUACCUGACUAUGACCAACGAGUUGAUGAUUUUGUCGUAA